CCGCUGUGAAUAAAGCUGUGUGAGGCCCGGUGGAUGUCCGGGGUGUCCUUUCCUUGUGUCAUGGCGGAUUACAAGGAGAGCCGAUUUGUGAGCCGCCCGGAGGCGCUGGACCCGGCCCGGUACUAUGAACUGACCCCGGAGAGGAGGAAGCUCCAGGAGGAGAGAACGGCCAUCCGAGCCGGACUCAAGAGACAGUAUCAACUACAACUCAAUGACCCCCGGAGGAAGGGGCUGGUGCAAGACCCGGCGGUGGACCGAUGGAUGUUCUCGCGCAAUUACAACAUUUUGCCCAAUGCCAGACUAUCCGCCAGCGUGUGGCUGCGUACCAUCGUGUACGUGGGUGGCCCCCUCCUCCUCAUGUACACUCUCAUAAGCAAGGAUCGGGCACUGAAGCAGAAGGAAUACAGGGAAGGGAAGAACGACAACCCGCUUUCUUUUUUUCUCUGAGCGCCGCCCCGCCCACGCAGAGCCGCCGCAGUCCAGCGUGCUCCAUAAUAAACGUGUUUUUUGUCAUAUAACGAUUCCAUCGAUUUAUUCAUUUUUUGUCUGGAAUUGUAAUAUAUAUGGGAACAGAAUUGUAAAAUAAAGAUGUAAAUUGUGUGA